UCCAGUGACCAAAGAGUUUGAAGGCUCAAGGAAGAAAGCGAAAGGUUCUCUGAAAGGAGCUAAAGAAAGUAACCUGUUUUUGGAAGCUAUUGUAAGGUGGAAGGAGCUCGCUACAAUGGUUUUUACUGGUUUGAUCACUGCGAUUGCAUUAACGAGUUUGGGUGUGCUAAACGUGGAAGGCACAGCUAAAGGAGCUGUGCCCUUGGAUACGCUAACUUUCGAUAAGGUCAUUAGAAAGCAUAAAGCAGUGCUGGUUAAAUUUGACAAACAGUAUGCAUAUGGAGAAAAAGAAGACGAGUUUAAGAAGUUUGCUGAGAAAGCUUCCUCUCAGCCUGACCUGUUGGUAGCGGAGGUUGGAGUGUCAGAAUAUGGUGAAAAAGAGAAUGAUGACUUAAGAGAGCGUUUCAAUAUUAACAAAGAGGAUUUUCCGGUGUACAAGCUGUUCAAACAAAAUGAUGCCACCCCAGUUGAUUUCAAAGGCGAAAUUAAUGCUGAUGAACUUGCUAAGUUUGUGAAAAGCAACUCUCGGCUGUGGAUAGGAAUGCCAAAUUGCAUUGAGAAGUUUGACAGGCUUGCUGAGGAACUUUUGAGUAGUGAUAGUUCGGCUCAUGCUGAUAUCAUUCAGAAAGCAGAAAAAUUCUUGGAAGAAAGCACAGAUGAGAAGGAAAAGUCAAAUGGGGACAUCUAUGUGAAAAUUAUGAAGAAGAUUCAGGAGAAAGGAGUUGACUACGUGGACAAUGAGGUCACCCGUGUUCAAAAACUUUUGAAAGACAAAAUCACAGAUAAGAAGAAAGACCAAUUUAAAAAGCGUUUAGAUAUUUUAACUUCCUUCCAGCACAGUAAGCAGAACACAGGCAAAGAAGAAUUGUAAUAGUUUUGUCAUUUUGCUGGAUAAUUUUGUUAGAUAAGGAACAAUGUCUUUCCCAAAGUCUUUGUAUUUGAGUUCUUGUCACCUCUUAAGGUUUAUUGACUGAUUAAAGUAUUGAUGUGUAAUUUUA